AGGAAAGCUGAAGUACAACAUUCAUCGCCAUGUCAACAACGGGAGGAACCCUAACACCGGAGCAGUUUUCUACGGCGGCCACACAAUUUUUGUCGCUAUCCAGACGCAUUGGAGAUUGCUGGGAGUUAGUGGAAUCACCCGUCCACGGAACCAACGAUUAUCUGCGAAAAUCAGUGAAGCAAAAGCUCUUGAUUGGAUCUCGAACAAUUGUUGCUGAAAAUACCAUCGAUGAUGAAGAUGAACUCUCCCAGAAUGAUCCGUCCGAACUCAAAGUGGCCCACGACCAAUCCGAGUUGGUUCAGUUCGAAUAUCACGUUGUAUAUAGCGUCAGCUAUCAGGUUCCGAUGAUGUACUUUAACGUUUAUAAGUCAAAUGGAACACAACUUCGACUGGAGGAAGCUUGGACGGCCUUCCGAGAGCUAGUUUCUACCGAAGAACACGAACAACUGAAGCAAACGCUAACCCAAAUGGAACAUCCGGUUCUGUUUCGACCGUUCUUGGCCCUUCAUCCGUGCCGAACGGCACAGGUUCUGGGAAAUGUGAACCAAAGUCAUAACAAAAUAGUCUCGUUCCUAUCCUCCUAUGGACCUUUCGUAGAUCUGAAGCUGGAUAUACGAUAUGCAGAUGAAGAAGCUGGUUAAGGAUUUUUAAAUUUGAAAAACCUUGGAUGUGCGUAUUAAACUUUAACAUGCUAAAAGAUUUGUAAGCCAGAAACA